UCGUAGAGACCACUGUUGUUUGACUUAAUUCACUGAUGCUGCGCACGUUGCUGCAUGUCUAUCAAUACGUAAUGACUCGGUGCAACGAUUAAUAGCCUAGUUCUACUACUGCUGUUACUGCUCCUGAUGCUGCUGCUGCUGCUGCUGCUGUUACUGCCGCUGUUUACUGCACAACUCGACAGCAACAUUGACGACGAUGGCUGAAUGGGAAUCUGGCUCGUCAGACACCGACGAGAAUGCUGCGCCGAAAAUCACUCACGCACCUCUGGACGCGAAAGAAGCGGAGAAAAUUAACAGUACUCAGCACAUACCGCAGAAGAAGCGAACGAAGGAUAGAACCACGCUUCUUGGGGUCGAUGAUCCAUCGAAACAGGCCCCCGGAAAGAAAGUAAAGAAGAAAGAAGGUAAAACCUUGGCCGAGACCCUGGCGGAGAAGAGACGUCGUUCCAAAACACCUGCUAAGCUGUCUGGCUCGACUAGCGUCCACAGCGGAGGCUCCGCGAACCCGUCUAGACCGUCCACGAACAAGAGCAGGGUGCGACCAAAGUCAAGGAAGCAAUCAGCUUUGAGCAAAGUAACGAAAGAGCCACCGGAGAAAGAAACAAAGAAAUUACCAGAUCCGGCAAAGGACCAAGAGAAACAACCAGACCCAAACACAGAAAAAAACGAACCCGCAGUACCAAAAAAAAACGAACCGGAAUCGGAAAAACCAGCGGAACCGGAAAAAGAACCUCGGAAACAAUCCGAACCGAACAAAACGCCGGAGAAGACAGCGAAUACAGACCAACCGCAGGACCCACAGGAGCCGAAAACGGACGUAUCGGCGCCCCCGGACGGCAAGGAUAUCAAACAACCGGUUACACCUGCUGUUGCCAGCGUAGCUGCAGCACAGACGGUCGCGUCGCCAAACACCGAUGACAGCGCGCCUAGCGGGGGCGACGACGAGCAUCAUGAUUGGUCAGUCGCGGGAGACCACGGCGGCCAUGUUGAUAUCGAUUCGUUGGAAAGAGAAAUCGAUAAAAAACUAGAGGAAGUGAGGCAGCACGCAAACAUGGCCGACUACAAACGCUUGAUACUGCACCCGAUACCGGAAGAAGAACAGCAGCUCAACCAGAGGGCGCUGCGUAGCAUCGUCGACGGCCAUUUCAUGAGACAACUUAUGCAAGGAUUGUAACGAACCCGCGCAUGCGCGUGAAGUUUGCGUGAUACGUCUCGUUUGUAUAAUUGGUCUUUAUUUGAAGUGAAAAAGCACUAACUCACAUCAGUAUAUUACCAUAAACCAAUGUAUAUCGAAUAUACGUCAUAUCCAUGAAUCGUAUAACUUCUGUAAUAAGUGCACGCAUGUAUACUUGGACGUGGGUCAUAGUAGAGUAGGAUCAUACUCUGGAAUGAUGUUUUCAAGGCGAGUACAUUCGUAAUCCUUGAACUCCUCGUAUAUAGCACUGCGUUGUUGGGUAAGGAAAUCCGAGUUGACAUUGGGAGCUGUCUUACAGAUUUAUCGGUUAUUUUAUUUGCUUGUAGAUUUAUACAGUAGCUGUUCACAUGGUGCUCAGUGGCGCCUCAUCGCGGUGUUUUCUCGCGUGUUUCUCGUUGUGUCACGUGAUUGUUGUAGUUGGUGACGCAUGGAAUUCUUUCAAUCUAACUCUCUAUAACCUCGUGUAACCUCGUAACUAUUAGUCUCCAAGGGACUACAUCAAAGAAGGAAAGAGACAAAGUUGAUCAAAUAGACAGAUCAAUACUGCGGAUCGCAGUAGAAAAAGCCAUGCGAGUUUUUUUAAUACAAUAGCCCACCAUCUAAUAUAUAGGCGAUGCGGGAAAUCAUGAAUAAUUAUUAUAUUACUACCAAUAUAAUAAUGAUUAGAAUUGAUUUUGUGUAAAUUCAUGACAGUACAUAUAGCGGCGAACGAAUAUCUACUUCUAUUCCUAUAUCUAAUUCCUAUUAUCUAUCUACCAAUUAUUUUUAACCUAAUAAUUUAAAUAUCACAAAUAUUUCCCAUUUAGAUUAGUUCAGAGAUAAUUCGAAAGGGGGCGGCCAUUGUAACGAUUGUUGUUUUGGCGGGAAUAAAUUUGUAAGUAGGAAAGCGUUUUCAUAGUUUUAAUUUUUAUACUAAGAUCUAAGAAUUCGAAAUAGUUUGACUUCCACUAAUAUAAUGGGGCAGAAAAGGAAAGUAACUAAGAAGGCUGAUAAAUUCGGGAAUAGGUGGGCCCAAUGCAGUAAGUGUAAAA